AUGAGGCCGCUUCGCAUUAUUCUUCUUGCAGCAGUGCUGCUGGUCUCGCUCUUGUCCCUCACAGCCUCCGCUUCAACCAGUUGGGACAAAGACGAUCACGAGAUCUUUGAACUUCAAUCGGCUCUCGAAGCAACAUACGGCAAAUCGACCAAUUUCUACUCGCUCCUCGACAUUCCUCGCUCCGCUUCAUCUUUAGAGAUCAAGAGAGCCUAUCGCAAACGAUCACUCGAACUGCAUCCGGAUAAAAACCCCAACGUUGCCGAUGCACAGCAACGCUUCGAACGUCUUGGACUCGUCUAUAAGAUCCUGCGAGAUGGAAGGAAGGACCGCUAUGAUCAUUUUUUGAAGUCGGGUUUCCCCAAGUGGAGACGAAACGGCUAUUUCUACGAACGGUACAGGCCUGGACUGGCAAGCGUACUGGUCGGCAUUGUGGCGGUGAGCGUCUUGGUGGAAAUGGGCAUUUCGCGCUUGACGAGUGGCCAGGAGAGGAGCAAGAUCGAGAGGUUGAAGAUGAGCGCUAGGCUGGUUGCGUGGGGACCGAGGUACCAGGCGAUCCUUGCGAGCCUGUUGGUUGACCAGAGUACGCCGGCUGGACUCAUGCCGAGCAAAGUCGCGCGAGUCGAGAAGAAAGUCAGGGUGCCAAUUACCGGGUUUCCCUCACUCCCCGCUUUCCCUACCACCGCCGCUAUCACAUCAGGCUCGGUCGACUGGGACACACAAGAAUCUCUCACACGAACCGUCCUCACCAAUCCGUCAUCUGCCGGUGACAGCGGCGCUCCCAUCGUCGAAUGCCUCGUCCACGAACAAGACGUUUCGCUGCUGGACAAGUAUUCCAACGAGUGGAUCAAGUUGGACGAGAACGACGCUUCACCCACCAAGGUUACGCAAACGUGGCCUUUCAGGCUCGUAGCUGCAGUGGUGAAUAGGUUCACUGGUCAGCACGAGGACGUGCUGGGUGAGGUGGAGGAUGAUCCCCUUGAGCAAGAGGUGCCCAAGCCAAAGUCGAGUGGCAAGAACGGCAAGCUGAGGAAGGGUAACAAGAACAAAACGCAGUAA